UGGUACCUUAACAACAAGACAAGAAUUUCAGGUGGUAACACUUAUCAGUGAGUGAUUACGAGAGAAAAAGUCCUUAUCUACAAUGAUAUUCACUUAAUCACACACUUCAUGUGGGGCGAAGGCCGCGAGAGCCAACAGUAUAUAAAGCAACAAGAGGACAUCACAGACAGCACUAGCUCCAACAUGAAGCUUUUGGUGGUGAUUGCUCUGGUGGGCCUCAGCGCCGCAGCUGCAUGGCCCAGCUAUAUGUCAGAUGAGCCUGACGGUGUUCCUACGCAUCAGAAGCAACAUGAUGUAAACUAUGCCUUCUACAAGAUUUUCGAACCUCUCCGCGAUAACAGACUGGCUGACAAGGCAACAUCCUUUAAUCCUGUGGGAGACAUUUCCAUGUACAAGGAUGGAGGAGUCGCCGUCCGUCACCUUAUGGAUGAGCUCACACAUGGCCGUCUGCUGGAGAAGAAACACUGGGCUGUCGCCACCAACAAACGCCAUCUGGAGGAGGCAAUCAUGCUCUUCGAGGUGUUUAUGCAGUGCAAGGACUGGAACUGCGUCGCCAGCAAUGGAGCUUACUUCAGGGAGCGAGUGAAUGAGGAAGAAUUCAUCUAUGCUGCCUACCAUGCCAUCAAGCACUCUCCUCUCACCCAGCAUGUCGUUCUGCCCGCCAUGUACGAGGUAAAGCCACACCACUUCACCAAGACCCAGGUCAUCGAGGAAGCCUAUGAGGCCAAAGAGAUGAGGCUUCGCAACAUAAUCUUCCAAAAUAACUUCACUGGUACACCUAACGACAUCGAACAUAGAGUCGCAUACUACCGUGAAGAUGUUGGCGUUGGCACUCACCAUUUGAUGAUUCAUUUGGAGAAUCCAUUCUGGUGGAAAGACACCUACGGCUACCACAUUGAUAGGAAGGGAGAGAACUUCUUCUAUGCCUAUCACCAGCUCCUCAACCGUUACGAGGCUGAGCGCAUCUCCAAUUACCUGCCUCCUCUACAGGAGCUGAAGCUCGACGAGCCCCUGAAAGAAGGAUUUACUCCGCAGACCACCUACAAGUUCGGUCCACCCUUCCCCAUCCGCAAUGACGACAUCCACCUCCAUGACGUAGACAAGAUAGGCAGAAUUCACGAAAUCGUUCACAUGGAAGACCGCAUCCACGAUGCCAUCGCUCACGGUUACGUGGAGGACGAGCAGGGAAACAAGAUCAACAUCGAAAACGACCACGGCAUUGACAUCUUGGGUGACAUCAUUCAGUCCUCUAUGUACAGCCCCAACCGCAAGUACUACGGCAAUCUCACCACCCUGGCCUACACAUUGCUUGACCACCAGACCGACCCCAAGAAUAAGUACGACACUCCCCCCGGCGUGCUCGCACACUUGGAGACCCUCCCACGCGAUCCCGCUGCCUGGAGACUGCACAAGAGAAUAGACAACAUCUUCAGGGAGCACAUCGACUCUCUUCCUCCUUACACCAAGGAACAACUCGUAUUCCCGGGCAUAACUGUGGCGGACAUCCAGAUCCAAGGCAACCUUGAAACUUACUUUGAGGAGUACAAAUACGACCUGAUCAACGCCUUCAACGACAACACCACUCAGACCGAGUUCUAUGACAUCUAUGCAACAAUGCCUCGCCUCAACCAUAAGGAGUUCACCUAUAAGAUCAAAGUGCAGAACAACAAUGGCUCCCCAAAGAAAUCUGUCAUUCGCAUCCUCGCCAUGCCGUACCGCGACGGUAACGGUGCCAUCAUCCCCUUUGACGAAGGCCGCUGGCUUGCUAUCGAGAUGGACCUCUUCGUGAAGACUCUGACUCCGGGAGACAACGAGAUCAUACGCAAGAGUUCAGAGGCUUCCAUCACUGUACCCGACGUCCCGACAUAUAAGACUCUCGUUGAGAUGACCGAGUCUCAUCAGACCCUAGAGAUGUACGAGAGCGCCACUGGCAUUCCUAACAGACUGCUUCUGCCCAAGGGUAACGAGGAGGGUGUGCAGUUUAGACUGCUAGUGGCUGUCACUGAUGCUCAGCAGGACGUCAAUGACGAGAGCAUCAUUACCAUGAACAAAUACCACCACUACGGUGUCCGCGGCGUCCAGCCCGACAAGAGGCCAUUCGGCUACCCGUUGGACCGUCGUGUUCCUGACGAACACAUUGUCGACGAGGUGCCCAACAUCAAGGAGACCAUGGUCAAGGUCUACAAUCACAAUGUCUUCAUUCCCAUUCCUCAUAACUAACUGUACCCAUCUGAACUGCAAGACAGUCAGUCAUAUGGUUAUAGGACACCUUUAUCACUAUUUGUCAAUAAUCAUGAAUGGUUUCCAUUUCUUUAAAUUUUGUUCAUCCGCACUAAUUUUACUUAUAUAGCUCAAUACUUACAAGUAAUCUACCAUUUUUUUUUUUUUUAUUAAUUCACUGACUUCCUGACAGCUAAUUGUUUUUCCUUUUCCAAGAAAGGCAUUUCCUUUCGGAAAUGAUAGUGAACCUCCUUAAAUUUCAUUGAUUACAAUAAAAGAAAAAAUCAAAUAUUUUCUAAA